AGAGGGAAGAUCUGAGGACCAGCCCCUAGGGCAGGGGCUGUGGGGAGAGCCCCCUCCGCGCUGCAGCCAGGCUGGCUGUGGGCGAGCAGCAGAGGUGGCCAGGGGACCUGGAGUCUCACCGAGCCUGUGGUCAGGGCCUGGGAGGGCCUGAGAGCCUGGGGACGGGACGGGGCUGUUGGUGGUGGUCCCGCCAGACCUGGAUUUGUCCCAGGCCCUUUUUGGAGGUCAGCUGUGCCCAGUGCUUGUCCAGCAUGUGGGGACAGAGGACACUGAGCUGUGAGGGGUUUAACAGACCGAGGUUCCCUGACCUCACGUGCCUCUGAGCUGCCGCCUCCAGCCCCUGCCCCUGCCCCCUCCGUGCUGGGCAUCCCCUCAGGAGCCCUGAGCUGUGGGCUGUAGCGCCUCAGUGGGUCUGCUCGGGCCUUGGAGGGCCCUGCUCAGGUGGGGGCUCCAGCCCGGUGGGCAGAGGAGCUGCCUUUGCGCUGCCCUCAUGACCUGCCUUUGCCACAGGGAUCCGCUUCCGAGCAGCGUGGGGUGGGGCCGCUGUAGCGGAAGGAGAGCGCGGCGACACCUCUACCGGGUGCCCUGCAGAUGAGAAAGACUUCAGAAGGGCUGGGAGUGUGUGGUGGGAGGGGGUCCCCACCGUGGCCGGGCCCACGUGGGUGAGUUGGCAGGGGCAUGGGCGACGUGGUUGUCUGUGCUUGGCGGGUCAGCGUGAACAGGGACUGGUUCGUGGGCCAGGUGGGGAGGGCCCCGGGGCAGUGGGGACCCGAACUGCCAGAGGGUAGGCAGUGCCCAUGUGGCCCCCAGAGAAGGAGAGGGGCACACUGGCGGGGGCGCUGCCCACCGGAUGCCCAAGUGAGCUCAGCCUCAGAAGCUACAGUGCAUCAAAAGAAAAAAGGUUUUUGUCCCCCUCUAUGAAAGACAGGGUUGCGCACAGGCACGCACACCAGGCUGCCCGGCGCCCCAACCCCCUCCCCUGGGGGCCCCCUGGCUGCUGGCAGAGGCUGCCUCUUCCUCCACCCCCGCUGUUGUGGGCGGUGGCCUCCUCCGUGGCAGCCUUGCCCUGCUCUGCGGAGGAAUUUCCCACAGGUGGGCCGUGGGCUCCGCUUCCUCACCUGCCGUCGGGGAGUCAGGGAGGGAAUUUCCAGCCUCUCCCCGAGAGAGGCCCUCUGCCCGAAACUUCGAAUUAACUAGUGUAUGGUUAAUUUCAUCUCAAGGUUAGGGUUUGAAGGGUCCAAAAAAACGACCCAGGGUAGCUUCCCCUGCUUCCAGGGCACCCAGUGAUGUCUGAGCCGCGCGCGAGUGUUCUUUCCUCUCUCCAUGCCACAGCCCUGCACGCGGCCCUCCGCGCCUGCCCUGGAACCACCUGGGGCUGUGUCCGAGGGUGCCAUGUGCUCCAGGGGCCCAUCCGGUGGGUCAUCCUGUCCCAUUGUGGUCUCCACUGUCCCAUUGGUGCUGUGAGGACACCCCAAGCCCAGCGUGGGUGUGGGGUGGGAUGGGCUGGGCUGGCCUGGCCACCGGGGAGGACACAGAGCCAGACUGGGCCGCGGGCGCCCCCACAGGAGCAGCCGCACACGUGCCACACGCGGCACAGGUUCACACGUGCUCGCGGCAUACUUCGUACCCAGGACGCAGAGCAGGUGCUGUCCUAACAGAACACCGGGGACGGCCGUCUCCCUGUCCUGGGGCCGGACUUCUGAGAGCACGUGUGGGCAGGGCUGUACCUGUGCAUCGUCCUCACGCAGUCUCCUGCUGCGCUGGCCUGGGGUCUCCCCCAGAUGGAAGCCAGCCUUUGGGAUCCGGACUCCCCCCCCCACCCCCGGCCCCACCACCCUGUCUAAACUUGACCAGCAGCCCAGAGGCCCCACCUCCAAACAGCCACAUGGGAGGUCAGGGUUUCAACACGUGAAUCUGGGGACAUCUGUUGUGCUCAGACACGCUGCGCGCAGCACAGCCCUGCCUCGCACUCGUGUGCUUGCCACGUCUGCCGACACCCCUGCCGCGCUCCCCCCUCUGACCUCUUGACCACUGCCUCCGUCUGAGCUGGUUUUGGACGCCUGGGCCAGGGACUGUGCUCUGGAGUUCGGGGCUGCUCUCCCCUUGAGCCGGUGCCCCGUGGAGGGUCCAGAUGGUGUGAGGCCUGUCUCCUGAUGCAGGGUGCUACCUCAGUUUACCCGUGUGCUCUGUGCACCCCUUUGCUGAGGGGUGAGGAUUGCCAUGAGUGUAGCCUUUUGUCGGGGGGGGGGGGUGGUUGCAGGAGCAGACACCUGCUCCCAAGGGGUCCGACCUGCCCUCCACAGGGAAAGCGGGCGCCCAGAGGGAGUGAGCUUGUGGAGGGGUCGUCUGGCCAGAGCAGGAGGCUUACCCGUGUGCCCAGCCGAAGGGGCACCGUGCCCCUGGUGAGGUGGGGCGAGGGGGCAUCCUGUGUGGACGGUGGAUGCGGACUAGAUGUGCUGGCCCCACCAGGGGUCUGGCGGCUGCAGUUCCUCACUUUGGCCCCAGGUCUGCGAGCCGGGUCGGCGCCCCACUGCCCGCUGACUGAGCCGCAGGUUAGUGGGCGUAUUUGAGGCGAGGAGGGCCCAGGGCAGGAGAGAAGCCCGCAGCCUGGAGGGUUGCUGCCAGACUAGCCGCCUUCUUGCCAGCAGCCCAGGUCAGGGGUCCCCAGCCCUUCCUGGGCCUCCUUCCUCCUGGUCCCUCCUCCUCUCUCCCUCCCCACCCCUCCCCCGCAGCCCUUAUAGCCACAUCCUGCAAGGAAAAACCCCAGACUCCUGCACUGCCCUGCGAUGAAUCCUCGUCUCCUCGUGCAGGCUUGGCGGCCCCGCGGGCCCCCCUCAGCCCUCCUGCUCUUCGGGCUCGUGCUGGGUGCUGCGGCCCGGCUCACCUGCGUGGGGGACGCCUACCCCAAAGACGGCAGGUGCUGUCAGGACUGCCCACCAGGCUAUGGGAUGGAGAGACGCUGCAGCGGAGGCCAGGACACCGAGUGCCACCCUUGUCGGUCUGGCUUCUACAAUGAGGCUACGAACUAUGAGCCCUGCAAACCCUGUACCCAGUGCAAUCAGAGAAGUGGGAGCGAACCGAAGCAGAGAUGCACGCCCACACAGGACACGGUCUGCGGCUGCAAGCCAGGCACCGAGCCCCAGGACGGCUUCAAGCGUGGCGUCGACUGUGCCCCGUGCCCACCGGGGCACUUCUCCCCGGGGGACGACCAGGCCUGCAAGCCCUGGACCAACUGUACCCUGAAAGGAAAGCGUACGGUGCGGCCAGCCAGUCAAAGCUCAGAUGCUGUCUGUGAGGACAGGAGCCCCCCGGCUACGCUGCCAUGGGAGACCCAGGGCCCCCCAGCCUGGCCCCCCACCACCCAGCCCACCACAGCCUGGGCCAGGGCCUCUCAGGAGCCCUUCACGCCCCCUGCAGAGCCCCCCAGGGGCCCCCAGCUGGCUGCUGUCCUGGGCCUGGGCCUGGGCCUUCUUGCUCCCGUGGCGGCCGCGCUGGCGCUGCUUCUGCACCACAGAGCCUGGCGGCUGCCCCCCAGUGGAAAUAGCUUCCGGACCCCUAUCCAGGAGGAGCACUCCGAUGCCAACUCCGCCCUGGCCAAGAUCUGAGCCAAGACUGGAGCAUCUAGUGCUCCCCCCACCGGCUGGGUGCCCCCAGGGCCUGCUAGACAUGGAGGGGCUUUGGGGUGCCCCCACGCGCAGGCCGCCGUGUCCCAUAACCCCCCCACCCUGCACCGUUUUAGGUGCUCCUGGCCUGCGCCCAGGGCUCUGCUACGUAUGCCGUGCAUACUCCCCGCCCAGGGUGGCCCCCCAAUAAAUGACAUUGGCGAACCA